AAAUUGAGUGUUGCAUCGACGUGGCGCGAGGGGGCGCCGGCGCGCGCCCACCACACCGUGAACAAACAUUGACCAAGCACGCAGCCACGCACUGCGCUCGACGACUUGCCGCAACAUUCUUAGCGUAAAAGUUAACGUGGAUGGUUUACUCUAUGUAAUUUGCGAUGUUUGAGUUGAUAAUUCAAAGUUUUCCCCACGAAAAACACUGUGCGAACGAAACAUUUGUACCGAACUACGAUUGUGCCGAAUGCGAUGUGUGUUGCUGAUGGUUCGGCAAUGUUUCCAAUAAGCGAGAUGGAGAUAGAAAACAUAGUGCUGGAUAAAAUUAUACGCUACGUUAAUGUGAAAUUUUGAAGAAAAUGAACAGAAAUUACAACGGUAGAAGAAUAGCAGAGUUUCAUGAUGAACACUGCUGCGCGGGAAACGUCACCGGCAACUUUCGGCGCACCUCUUCACUGCGGCUGCGCGGUGAAAAAAUGGUGCAGCGGUCGCCUCUCUCCACGAGGAAAUUAAUCCCAAUAAUCACGGAAAACACGCACCAGAAGAACCGGAGCGAUGGCGCCCGUCUCGUGGAGCCGGGGCAUCGCCAGCGGAGCCACUCGUUCAGUUCGAAUGCUCAGCAGAAGCCUAGAAAAUCCUGCCUGAAACAGGACAACUGCUUUGAUGGGAAACUGAAUAUGACUGACUCCGCUCACACCCCACCUGGAUCUCCGGAAGACUUGCCCGAUGACGAAUCUUUGCACAGCUAUGGGAGUGCUGCAACUGCUGCUUCGGUGGAUGCUGGUUAUGCUCCAUUCAAUGGGACUACAUUCAGUGGCCGGUCAAUGAGAUAUGUCCUUCACUGUUCAUCGCAUGCAGGCCUUGCAGGAGAUGAAUACUUGACACCCACUCAGCGAGCUCAAAAACAAAUACGCAGGCUCAAAAGCCUCCUGACACAAGCGAAAAAGGAUCUAGAAAAAAAAGACAGUGAAAUAUUUCAUUUGACCAAAGAAGUUGUUGAACUUCGCUUGUAUAAAGCAUCUAUAUGUUCCCCAGAUGAAAAAUCCAACUCAAGUGAAAUUGUGACUAUUAGAGAAAAUGCAGAUGAAGCAUCUAUUGAACAAGACAGUCCUAAGCGUGGAGUGGCAUGCAGGAGUUUUGAUGUUACUGACAGCCCAUUAUUCAAAGACCAGACACCGACAAGGUGUCGAAAUGAAAUGCAGGGAUCUUUCACAGAUUCAGGCCACUUUGAUGAUCUCACCAAUUCUUCCUUGCACUCCAAGGAGUCUGUUCACAUGUUGACUCAUGAUGUAUCAUGCAUGACCGAUUUUGAUGAUGGCGAAGAAGAGCGUCGAAGCUUAAUAGAGUUUUAUGAGAAAAAAAUUGAAGAUGUGGUAAGGUCACAUGUUGGGGAAACACAGGAACUGAAAAAGGGCCACAAUGAUAAGGUGGAAGCGCUGCUGCAGAAACUAGCAGACGUCAACACUCGCUACUGUGAGCUGCUGCCUAACUAUGAACAGGCCAAGGAAAGGAUCCAUGUCCUGGAGAAGCAAUUGGAAGAAGCAAGCAAGCAGUUGCAGGACGUGGAUGGCCGACAUCGCUCGAUGUACUUGCAAAUGUACAACAAAGGAGUUGAAGCUGCCAAGUUUGAAUUAGAGAAGGAUACGGAAGCUGGUCCCUCUCAAGUGAACAGAGUAUCCGUGGAGGAGUUGCUGGAGCAACUACAGAUUACACAGACUGAGCUCGAAAAUGUCCGAGACACGGCAUUCACAGCGGACCGAACGGCAAAGUCACAAGUACUUCUAAGUGCAAAGGAGGCUGUUUCUUUAUGGGUCCUAGGAGCUCGAAAGGCCAUGUAUCGUCGUAUCAUGGAAUCGCAGAAAGGCAGCAGAACCAAUGUAGACCCUGAGGUGACUUUGCAGUUCCUCAAAUCUGCAAUUUAUUACUUCCUCACUGACCCAGAAAACCAUCAAGGACAUCUGAACGCAAUUGAAAAUAUCCUUGGAUUCACCGAGGCUGAGAAGAAAAAUAUACGCAAAGCUAGGGCGACUUAAAGACUGCUGUGACUGUGUGAUAUGUCUUAUAGAUUAAUUGUUGCUACUUAGAUAGACAUUAAUUGUUGCAUGUCGUCCGGGACGAUGUAGCCUAUAGAUAUACUUAAUUAUAAUCUGCGUGCACAUUAGCGUAAGUGAUGUAAAACCGUCUCUACGUAGCAUAAUAUUGCACAUAAUAAUUUUCUUAAGUUACGGUGAUUGUUAUCUCAUUGCAUUCUAUUUUUAAUGCUUGUGAAAAGAAUUUUCGUUUUGUGAUUUCCUUUACUUUAGGGCCAAAGAAAUUAAGUUUCCUAUUACCUUGUGCAAUUUUUAUUUUUAGUUUUAAGAUUAAGUACAGUGAGCCAAAACUACAUUCCUUGUAGAUUACUUAGAUAAGUGUUAUUAUUUUAUAGUUUUAUUUCUUUUGUAACAUUAUUUUCCUAUUGGUUUGUUUUGAUAUUCCCUGUUACUUUGCAUGCUGGUCAGCAUUUUUAAGUAUUUCAUUUUAUUGAUAUUAUAAAAUCAUGAUAAACUUUGAUUAAGAUUGUGAUCUAUUUAUUAAUAACUUACUUUGAAGAUAGUUUUAUUUUACAUGUUAACUCAAUCAAAAAUAAAUUUUACAAAAUCUUUAUUGGAAUUGUGAAUAAAAAAGAUCUUCAAAGUAUGUUGAUUACUUCGGUUUAUUAGUUAUUUAUAUGCCUAACAUGUCUUGCCACUGAAAUCAUCUGUGAUUGGACAAUAGAUUACCGCAGUAUUGUCAGCUAUUAUACCAUCAUCACACGUAGAGUACGCAAUACCUAUCGUUAUCGAGUGUAAAAACUUGCUCUCUACUAGGAAAUGUUUCAAAGUAAACGAAAAACUAUAAUUAAUUUUUGUUGCUUUGGAAGUAACCCAAGUAAUUGUUAGAUUUAGUAAAAAAUAUUACUUUAAUAAUUAACUGUAUCUUGCAUUUACUUCCUUAGCAAAAAAUGUUGAUUUAUGUGUGCAUAUUAAAAUUUCCUUGUAGUUGGCAGGUUAGUUUACACUGCGGCGAAGCUAUGAACAACUUACUACUUUAUUUUCAAUUUGAUAUUCGUAGAAAGAAUAGUUAGUCGCUAUUGACGUAAGCAUAAAAGUAUAUUUGUGCAUAAUUUAUAAAUUAACUACUCACCAAUAGAAAUCUUUUACAAAUAUCAAAUUGUUAAAAUUGGGACUAUUCGUGCGUAUGUGUUAAGAAUUAAGACCAAGUUUGAUAACGCCACUUGUAUGUUAAAUGUCGACCCACUGUUUUAUGAGAGCUUAGAAGAUUUUGAAUUGUUGCAUGUCUUUUAAUCUUCCGACUUUCUCGCAAUCAAGUUCAUACUAUCACCUGGUUUCUGACCUAACGAAAAUUGAACCUAUGAGAUAUACAUAAAUGCAUGUACUAUGAUUUCGCGAGGUACCAAAAACUAGGUCGGAGGACUUUCGUCGGUCAGUCGUUACUAUUGUGACUAGAAUAGAAGAUAGUCUUCUUUCAAGGUCAAGUUGGCCUAUUUUCACUUGACAACUCGAAUAAAUGGCGUUGCAGGAUUUGGUCGUGUAUGUGUAUUGUAUUAAAACCGAUGAUUUUGCAUCUCUACAUUAUGUAUCUCUGCUUGUAAUGUGAUAAUUAGGCAGGUAAUCAAAGGCAAAGGUAACGUCCAAUAGUCAUAGGAAAACUUGUACCUAAAAUAAGCUUCUAAGUUUAUUUUAAAUAAAUAAUAUUUACAUUAUUAGUGUUAAAUACUGUUGAUAAUAAUGUACAUGACAU